UUGAAUUUGAGAGUAAGAGAAAAUGAGCCGUCCUCUUGAUCCCGACUCACAGUCUGAGAGAAUCUUCAGUGACGAUGAUGGUAAUGAAGAAGAUUCCUUCAGUUUGAACCCCUUGUCCGCACAACAGGCACACAGGGCUAGCUCCCCAUCCCCAAACGCCAUGAAAAGACGACGGAUUCUGCCCGCCAUCUUCGAUUCAUCGGGGGAAGAGGAAAAUGAUGAGGAACAUUCACAGGCACGUCGUUUUAAUGGAAUCUUAACUUCUACAAUUACUUUAUAUGAACUCCAGAAUACUCCAACUUUAGAGAUGUGCACCUGGGUCAGAGAGAGGGAGGGAGGGAGGGAGGGAGAAGGUGUGGGUGGGUCAGCUAUAAGAAAUAUUUUGGAGAAAAUCCUUCAAAAACAGGACGAAAUCCUGAAAAGACUAAAAGCGCUAGAGAAAAGAGAACAAGAGGGAGAAGAGAAACCAGUUGAGGAGAAAAUUACUGUACCACCUAGUAUACGUAAUGCAAUCAGAGAUGGAUACAGUGAUGGUCAGAAAAGGGGAUAUACCUGGAUGUUUGACAACAAGAAGCAACAUGAUGAUGAGAAUACAGAUAUGAGUAAUCAUAUCUCAAUGUUUGUAAAAGGGCUGAAUUCUGAUGUUGAAGAGAGAGUCAUUCAGUGUGGUAUCAAGAGGUAUUUCCUGUCUAAAAGACAGGAAUCUGUGCUGAAGUCAAAGAAUAAACAUGAAGAGCAGAAAGCAAAAAGAGUGAUGUAUGAAAGAAAGAAGGAGAAAGCAAAAAGGAGAACACAGGCAUUAGAAGAAUUGCAGAGAAGAGGUUGGCAGACCGAGCAAAGAAGAACCCAAAUCAAAAAAGUAUUAAAAGUUGAUUUUACUUCAAGUGAUGAGGAGUGCGAUGAUGGGUUCAUCACACAUCCUCCAUCUUGGCAGAGCGACAUCUUUGCGAAGGUGAAAUCAAAACUUGAUAGAGUAUUUCUAGAGAUAUGCUCCACAAAGAGUAGGAGGUUAAUGCAGAAGCGAACUAUAGGGUCUUCUCAUGCCAAAUCCGUACCCAACUACCCAGAAGAGUGCUCAUGGAUCGUUAAUAAAGACUAAAAUGUAAAGAAAUUUCAUUGUCAUAAGUAGUCAUGUUUAGUAUUCACAUUCAAACUAAAUUCUUUAUAAAAACUACAUUAUAAAAAAAAACUGUUUUGAUUAAGGCAAAAAAAUAAAAAAUAAUAGUUUCUCAGGCCAAAAAUUUCAAAUUUUGAUGAGGCAGGCAGGUAUUUUUUUUUUUAUACUUGGCUGUAGAAUGAGUUAUCUUUUCUUUUUAAUGUUGAUUGUAGAAUGAGUUACUUUUUCUUUCUCAUAUAUAGAAUAAGCAAUGGAAUAUGGGAUUUUUAUUUUUAUAAAAAAAAAGAAUAGCUUCACACAUUACUUACUAUUAAAUGUAUUCUAUUAUUCUUAAACAUUUGCACAUAAAUGAGUUUGCAUUCAAUAAUUAUUUAAACAAAAGAUACUUACAUAAUCUUGUUAAAACCUUUUAGAAGGUUUACAUAAAUAUCUAUAACAAAAGAGUUACCUCAUUUACAUAAAUAAACAAAUAUAAAUUGAAGAAAAAAAAAUUCAAUGCGGUACCUUUUCAAUGGAUGUGACAGGGCUUGAGAAACUAUUGAUUAAAAUUUUUUUUGGCCUAAAACACUCACUUUUACUUCAUCCUUUUAUUAGAUCACCUGAAAUGAAAGCUCAAGUGAGAUUUUCUGAUCACCUAUUGUCUGUUGUCUGUCUGUCUAUAGACUCACAGUUUCCACUUCUUCUCAAGAACUACUGGACCAAUUCGUAGGUUAAAGAAAUCCAAUGGGCUCCAGAACCACUAGGCCAUACACCUCUACAAGGGGAAAUAAUAACUGAAUGAUGAAUUUUUGGUGGUUACCUUUGAAUUUUUUUUUCUGAACCAAGGUACUAAUAUAAUUGAUCAAUUGCUCAAACUUGUUUAUUGCUCAGGUGACCGACGUGGCCCAUGGACCUUUUGACACGUUUCCCAAAUGUAUUCCUAUAGUUCGUUUCUGCAUUAUAUAAAUAAAUAUAUAAUUGUAUAUGUUUUUAAAAUUUACGUUUUUUUUUUGUUUUUUUUUUUUGAUCUGUCAGGGAAAAGAAGCAUUUAGUAAUAUCUUUGGCCAAGUUUGUUUGAACCAUUUUUUGAUAUGCUUAAUUAAUUCAAAACUUUCACACAUGGAUGAUUAUAGAAUUGAAAGGGAAUUUUUUUUUACCCUAUGUCUGCAUAUUAGAUACAUGUAGAAAAUUACAAAAUAAUACUGCUUUUAAAAUAAAUGGUUUAGCUCAUCUUUUCUCUGCUUCACAUAGAGUAGAUUAAGGAAGUGUAUAUAUUUUACUACUACAUGUAUGUACUAUGAAUAUGUUUAUAAAAGUGAGAAGGUAAUUUUGUUAUAUAGUUUAUGUUAAAUUUUUUAUUGUAAAUAUAUGAUACUGUUCGAAAUAAAGAGGUAAUAGUAUUUAUUAAGAAAUGUUAACUGAGACACUCUUCAUAUGUAAAACAGUGUCAGUAUCAGAUGGCAGCAUGCUCUGAAACAUUUCUGUAUUUAUGUACAAGCAGAAUAUAAGUCUUAAAAACUCAGGAAUGUGUGUGUGUGUGUGUCACUUUUAUAUCCUAUUUUUUCUGCAUUUUAAAUGGUUGUGAAUUGUGAAAACAGUUUUGCUUUGAAUAAAAUAUCUAUAUUUACAUGUUCACGCAAUGUUCAGGUUUUCAUUGCAGAAUUUUACACUUUAUGAAAAAGUAUGAUUGGAAACAUUUUAAUUUAUGGAGUGAGUAUGGAAUAAGCCAGGAAUUUUAAUUUGAUUGUCAAUCAAUAUGCAUUAUUUGCACUUGUAUUUAUUGAUUCUAAUUUAUAAACCAUUAGAUUGUUUUGAUUGAUUUUGCACCAAUACAUGAGUAAAUUAUGAUCUAGAUAUAUUUAAUGUUAAAAUGUAAAACUAAUGUGGAGAUGUGUUUUAUAAAAUAUGACUGUGUAUCGAAGUAAAAAAAUAAAGCACCUUUAAAGUAUAAACAGUGACAUUUUGUUCUUCAGAGAGUUUAAUAUUGAAAAGGGAACCUGUUGGUGCAAAUGUUGCAAGCAAAAGCAACAAAAAGUGGGUAUU